UUGUUGUGUGCUGGGAACAUUCCGGAGCGGUUACCCAUCCCCAGUGCGCGGGUACCCGCCCAGUUUGGUCUGGCGUCUCGCUGUCUGUGUCUGGCUGUCUGGUGUCUCGUUUUGUGAUUGGCUGACCGUUGAUCGGUCAGUCACGUGAUCGUAUCGGACGGUCAGGGCCGCGUCGUGCUGGCCGGUCGGUCGGGGGGAGUCGGUCGGUCACCGCUGAGCCAGCCGUCGGUAUGGUGCUGUUGCUAAAGUAAAAUAUACCGCACCCGGUUUAACAGAGUGUCUCAAGAUACAACAGUGGCGACGGGGAUGAGAUCCCACGGCAAGAUGAGUGAUUCAGAUGAGAGGAAGCCGGCAACAGGUAUCGCAACAAUGCACCAGCCCACGGUAUGUCUCACGUCCGCCAUUGGCGAAUUUGAUGAACGUCAAGGCACCUGGAGGGAUUACAUUGAACGAUUUGAGUUCUUUUGCGAGGCUCAGGGCAUUUCAGAGGAUGAUAGAAGGAGAGCACUUCUCUUGGCUGGUAUUGGGCAAACUGCGUAUCAAAGAGUCAAAACCAUUCUGGCACCCACCCGACCCUCUGAGAUGUCAUAUAGAGAUAUUGUCAUGGCCGUGCAAGAUCAUGUGGAUCCGAAGCAGUCUGUUAUCGUUAGCCGUUUCCGGUUCCAUCAAAAAUGUCAAGGAUCAGAACAGGGGAUAAAGGAGUUUGUGGCUGACUUGAAAGUCAUGGCCGAUCCAUGCGACUUUGGAUCAAGUAGAGAUGAUAUGUUACGCGACAGAUUUGUGUGUGGACUCGCUGAUCAGGCGUUGCAGAAGCGGUUGUUGACCGAGGAAGAUACUCUGACGUUCCAACAGGCGCAGCGGAUCGCACUGGCAGCAGAGACGGCGACGAAGAGCGCAAGACAGCUGGCUGCCCAGUCAUCCGAUCUAGCGGCGCAGGACGUUCACAGAGUUGGAUCUGCACGACAGGUGAAAGGGUCACCAUCCAAUCGGUACGUCAGAUCGGAAUGUUUCCGCUGCGGAGGCACUAAUCAUUCACCUCAAACAUGCCGCUUUAAGACGUACAAGUGUCAUUCAUGUGGCGAGCAGGGUCACUUAAGUCGCAAAUGUCGCAAAAAUGAUCAAGAUCAUGUGCGCGCCUCGCAAGCUAAAUCUACACACUGUGUACUGACUGAUGAGUCUGUCAGAGUAUCAGAGCCUAGUCAGGCUGCUGAAGAGGAUAAUGUUUGCAGCGUGUACACUGUGGGUGAAGCAAGGUCCCCUCCAAUCACAGUUGACAUCAUAGUGUUUGGUGUGCCCGUUACCUUUGAGGUUGACACAGGAUCGGCAUCCACGCUGAUGAAUGCCCGCACCUUUGAGGUGGUGAAGACUACAGGCGGCGACGACAGCCUUGAACUUCGGCGAAGCAGCGCCAGGCUUCGGACGUACACGGGUGAGCCCAUCCCGGUCGAAGGGGAGUUCAGUGCCGUCAUCCAUUACGGUGAGCAGCACCUGGAGCUUCCCGUCGUCGUGGUCGACACUGCAGGACCCAAUCUUCUGGGAAGGGACUGGAUGAAGUUCCUUCAGCUCGACUGGCAAACCAUCAAACAGGAAACGCGUGGAGGAGCAGCUGGACGCAGAGGUCGAGGCUGGGGUCCUCGAGCCAGUGCGCACUGCGGACUGGGCGUGCCAAAUCGUCCCGAUAGUGAAGCCCGACGCGUGAAAUGGAAAAGCUGCUGGCUGGCGUGCCAGGAGUCUUCAUCUUCCUCGACGACAUCCUGGUCUCUGGACGGGCUGAAGACGAGCUCGUGUCCCGUCUGGAGCAAGUGCUGCAACGACUCCAGGACUCCGGACUUCGGGGCGACGCCGCACGCAACGACCGGGGAGUCUCCUGGCAAGCUGCUCAUCGGAUACAAGCCGGUCACCAGGUUCGAUAAACUGAAGCCGGACCUUCAAGGCUGCAUCGGCGCCCAGUCUGGAGACUGCUGAGGAGCUGGAGCACGGUGGCGACAUCUGCGGCGCCGAUGUCCCCGAUCGUCUGGCCGGCCGUUCCGCUACUGCUCCCGCUGCUGCUGCGGAGCCGGCUGAACCGCCUGCUGAGCGUCUGGAGUCGGCCAUCGGCGGCGCCGCGUCGACCUCUCCUGCUCGGCCGUCGACACUGAGACGAGAUGAGAGCGCCGGUCGCGUCUUCCCGGAGCGUCACGUGCCAGACGCUGCGCUACAGCGAGUGGAGCCCGGUGUCGUCUCCUCUCGAUACUCCCCGCCGCGAUUCGACCGCGGCUCACUAUCUGGUGAACCAUCGCCGGAGCGUCCGUCCGUGAGCGCGAAUGUCCCCAGGCAGAUGGGCGUUGACGCUGACGCUCCACGACGAUACCCGCUUAGAAAUAGACGGCCUGUGGUGCGCUACUAGAGGUCAUAAUGUAUCUGUCGAAGUUGAUUUUGUUUAAUUGCAAGGCUAACUCUUGAUUUAAAUGGGAGGGUGUUGUGUGCUGGGAACAUUCCGGAGCGGUUACCCAUCCCCAGUGCGCGGGUACCCGCCCAGUUUGGUCUGGCGUCUCGCUGUCUGUGUCUGGCUGUCUGGUGUCUCGUUUUGUGAUUGGCUGACCGUUGAUCGGUCAGUCACGUGAUCGUAUCGGACGGUCAGGGCCGCGUCGUGCUGGCCGGUCGGUCGGGGGGAGUCGGUCGGUCACCGCUGAGCCAGCCGUCGGUAUGGUGCUGUUGCUAAAGUAAAAUAUACCGCACCCGGUUUAA